GACAGAAUAGCAUUAUGGAAGAGCAAGAACAUGAACAGGGUAUCCUGAACAUACUUGAUGAAAUGCUGAAUAUUGUUGAAGGGAGAAAUGAGCAGAGUAAAAAGGCUCGUUGUGAUGCUACACCAAGUCUUGUUAACAAAAAAGGAAAAGUUAAUGAACAUGCAAGACAGAAGCUGAUAGAUAACAUCAAUCUUAUGAAAACAAUGCUUAAAGAAGAUAAUCCUUCAGCCGAGAUAAGCUACACUAUUCAACUGUACACUCCGCAUCAGGUUUCAACUGAUUCAACAAAGAUGUUUUGCGAAUGUCUUGCACAGAUAUUAACGGUCAUAAAGUUUCAAAUUGUAGAAGAACAAGCCUCACUACAGAAGCAUCUACCAUUACUCUUGGUAUGCCCGUCUGUUUCAAGACUUGAACCAAGUGUUGACAGUGCACUUGACGGGUUUAAAUGGGAUGAAUCAUUUAAAGUUAUCCUUCUUAAUUUUGUGACAGAGAAGUGCUUACCAGCGAUAUCAUCAAAAAUGAAGGUUCCACUGAAGCCAGCUUACAAGAAUAUUGAAUUCAUCGACAUGGCCUUUAACAAAGACGAUAAAUUGUAUGAAUGUGAAAUGAAUAACACUGCAUUGUCCAAGAUUAUGACUUUUGUUGAAACAAAAAGAAAUGAAGAAACAAUGAUAGAUUAACAUAUUGUUCCUAUCAAGGUUAUUCAAGGUCAUUGUAACGUAAUCGUUAUAACAGUUUCAAAGAAUAACUAUUCAUACAUUUCAUACAGUGACAAAGAUAUAUUUCAAAAAUAAGUAAAUUAGACACUGAAUUAUGUGAUUCCUUUAUCGCAAGAAAUUGCAACAGAACUAAAAAUUAUUCAAAAAGAUGAUGGUGUUUAGCAGCUGCUUAUUUCCAAAUCGGAAAUUGAAACCGAAUAAUUUUUCAUUAUUUUUGUCUUUAUAUUAACAAUAAUAAAGUGUAGUUUAAUCACUCAUGUAUUUGU